GUUUUUCAGUAGUCUGUCAUUUUCACUAUGGCGAGGGAAUAAACAAAUAGUACGCGGCUGUGAGUUGUGUGAGCUGUGAAUACAGUUCUCCUUUCCGUGACUAACAGUGACGCUGUUUUUUACUCGCCUACCUCCCAGGUUUUGUCCGGAAAAUUAUAUUUGUCGUUGGGACGUUGAUGUUUCCCCAGAAAUCACCAAUGAAAAGAGCGAAAAUAGUUAGUCCCUUACUGCUGAGCACCUCUGUUACCUCCUCCGGUGGUGCGGGAUAGAAUACUGUCUGGGCACAUCAUAGAGGACCUCUUUCUUUUGUACUGUUUGGUACCGGAAUGGAAAGAACAGCCAACCCAUCACCCCCUUGCCGAUAGAAAACAAGGUUGCGGUUUGUAUGCACACUGGUUGUUGAUGUAUUAGCAGGACCAGAGGAAGACGUCGCCAAUAUGUUAACGGGAUCUAAAACCACGUUCAAAGUCAGACAAAUGGUCCCCGAUAUGAAGGAGAGGAUGCUGAGCCCUAGCGGACUGAACGCGAGGAGCCGCGACAUGUUUGGACUGCGUUGUCUACCUGGGGAGUGUGUGCUCCAGAGGGCCGUGUUGGUGAGGAAGAAGCUGACCGCCAGGGAGGGCGGGGGCUGGCUGGCUGGAACCCUCUUCUGCACCCACUUCAGGGUGUCAUUCGUCCCCCAGGACAGCCCCAAGCCAGACGACAACGCUGACCCUGUCUUGUUAGGGGAGCAUGAUGUGGCGCUGGCCUCCAUUGAAAAGGUUGUUGCGGUUGGCCCGUCCAGGACCAAGCUGGUGACCCCCAACUCGUCUCUGAAGUUCACCCCAGAAGAGCUGGUGCUUUACUGCAGGGACCUGAGGGUCAUCUGUUUCCUCUUCGACCGCCUGACCCCCGACACCCAGGCCGUGGAGAUAACCUACACCAUCGCUAAGACCUACCAGCCUCUCAAGCCCGGCUGUGUGCUGGCCUUCCAGAACGCCGCUCUGGGCAGCGUGGAGAUGAAGCAGUUCCUUAGCAACCGUCGCCGUGACGGCCAGAUGAACUGGUUUGAGUCUGUGGACGAGUGGGAGCGGGAGCUGGAGCGGUGCGGAGCCAAGGGCUGGCGGGUCAGCACGGUCAACGACCGCUUCGAGAUGUCCACCAGCUUACCCAGGUACAACGUGGUUCCACAAAGGGUUCUGGACACUGAGCUGAAGAGAACGUUUGCCCACUUCAACGAAGGACGCAUCCCUCGCUGGAGUUGGAGGCACCCCCGAGGCAGUGACCUCCUAAGGAUGUCCAGCUUCCAGAACAACAUCUACCACGAGAAAGACGACACCAGGAACCUGGAGCUGGUGUUGUUUGGGAGCCAGUGGUCUCUGUGUGUGGUGGUGGACCUGGGGGAGGAGAUGCCCAGCCCCGCAGACCUCCAUCUGGCCCACAGCCGCCUGCGGGCCCUCUGUCUGGGAGAUAUCUCCAACUCGGUAACGGUCCCUGACGAUAAGUGGUUAUCCACCCUCGAGAGCACCCAUUGGCUGGACUACACCAGGUGCUGUCUGAGGAAGGCGGGCGAAGUGGCCUGUCUCCUGAGGGGUGGUCACAUGACCGUCGCACUGCAAGAGUCGGAGGACCGUGACAUGGGCUGCCUGGUGUCCAGCCUGGUGCAGGUGAUGUGUGACCCCCACUGCCGCACCCAGGAGGGCUUCCAGGGACUGGUGCAGAAGGAGUGGGUGAUGUCCGGACACCGCUUCUACAGCCGCCUCAACUAUCACCGGGACAACGACAAGGAGGAGGCCCCAGUGUUCCUCCUCUUCCUGGACUGUGUGUGGCAGCUCUGGUCUCAGUUCCCGUCCCGCUUCCAGCUGACGGACCACUUCCUGCUGGCGCUCUACGACAGCACGCACCUGCCCCUGUUCUCCAGCUUCCUGGCCAACUGCCAGCGCGAACGCUGCAAGCGCACACAGCACCUGACCCAGACCUACACCCCUGUCAACGGCUGGCGGGACGUGCUCCCGAGGGGGGGGCUGUCACUGUCGUCGCCGACGGACUCCGUGGACCCCCCCCUACCCUCCGUCUGGGACUGGGCGCUGCAGUACGGCGGCGGGCGGCUGUCCCGCUUCACCCAGCCCGUACCCCCCACGCCCCCCACGCCCCCGCCCCCCGUGGUUCUGAACGGGAACCUCAACACCAACCCGGACAUCCGCAGGAUGAGCGACACCGUCCAGGGCUCGGUGUUCCUUCUCUCGAGGGGCUCGUUCUCCUCACCCACGAACCUCCUGCCCUGGCGGGGAGGAGGAGGAGGAGGAGGUGGGGGAGGUGGAGGCGUGGCUGCUGCUGUUUACAAGAGGAGCCACCGGAGGGCGCCCUCCUCUGAGAGCCUGUCCGGCCUGGAGAGGCUGCUGAAGGCCACGGCUCUGACCGAUGCCCCCCAGGGCCUCACCUCCACCUCCGCCUCCACCACGGGCCCCCAGGGGUCACCCCUGGACCACUACGAGCCCUUGCUGCCCCUCCUUCUGGGGCCCUGCAUGCGGGUGUGGAAGGAGUGCUAUCUGAGGGGGGUGCUGCAUGCUCAGGCGUUCUCCCACCCCGUCUCCUCCAACCACGCCCACCCGGUGGUGCGUCUGGCCCUGGAGGUGCAGCAGCUCCACGAGCAGCUGGCCCUGGCCUCCGCCUCCUCCUCCAACAGCUCCAGCACCGCCUCCACCAUCAACAAACCCCCGCCGCCCCGCCACCGCCGGCCCGACGCCAACCUCAACCAGAACACCAACAACGGCACCUUCCUGUUCCCCGCCCCGCGGGCCCAGGCCCGCCCGGUGCCUCCUGCUCCCACCUCUUCCAGCAGCUCCGCCAACCCCAAGACCUCCAGGGUUAACUCCUCCGCCUCCUCCUCCUCCUCCUCCUCUUCCUCCUCCUCCUCGUCUGCCGCCCAUAAGGACCACCCCAGCGCCGGCGGCAGCGCCAAACACACCUUCCUCUUCGGCCCCCCGGCCUCAUCGUCGCAGGACCCCCGCGCCGAGCCGCGCUACUACCCCAACGCCAAGCUGCCGCACGGCAACAGGCCUACCAUUGGCUCCUGAGAGCUCCGCCCACCCCACUGUCGGUGCCCAGCUGCCCCGGCCCUUCCCCCCCUGCUCUCUAUUAUAUUGAAGAGCUGUUUCCCCCAAUGACUGGGGAUUAUUUACAAAGGGCCCGCCCUUGAGUUCUGAGAUGGACCAAUCACAAUGGAGUGAGGAGGAGGUUACUCAGAGACCUGGUUGUCAGGGGCGACAGUAGGAGGGGACCUGAUUGAAGGGUUUUUACAGGAGCGAUGGAGGCACCCUGACUUGUAUCUGAGGUGUUCAAGAGUUGGACGACGUUGGACAACUACUUUGUUUGUGACUUUUCACAGAAUUCAAGUUAUCAGUAUUUAAUUCAUGGUAAUUGUAUCCGUAUUGUAUAAAGGCUAAUACCAAGAAGAAUUAUGGACAGAAAAUCUGUAAUUAUACAAGAGCUGAGUGAGUCCUCAGUCACCUGAACCUUUUUGAAGUUGGCUAUAUCCUCUAGUGACUAGUCACAAAGAGAAGAAGCUAAGACUGUUGGAUGGAAACUCCACGGCAGGUAUGGAGAUCAUUAUGGAUUAACGGAUGACCCCCUGACCCCUAGCACUGACCCCUGACACUUCAUGAGGCUUCUGUACAGCACCUCCUGACCGGUACAAAUAUGAUGCGUUGCAACCUUCUCAUUUACAGAGUGCAGAGUGCAGGACAGAGUGUUCCGAAAGCACACCGGACAGAAAGCAGGCCGAACACGCAGGUGCUCAAUGUGCUCUCCAGGAAAACAGUCCAGUGAGCUGAAAUCUAGAAUUUAGGGCAUGAAAGCUAUUCUGGUCCUGUUCUCACAUCUCUCCACGCGCGCGCCCGCCGGCAGCACGCACAAGGGAUUUAUAUUCAGCCCUGUGUUACAAAGAAAUCCUCUGCCUCUGUGGCACGAUGGGCACUUAUGGCUGAAUUCUGGUGGACUGUUCAGUAUUAGAAGAGAUAUAUAUAUAUAUAUAUAUGACGGUUGAAACAAUGUGCAUUUCAUUUCAAAUGAUGCUGUGUGUGUUUGUGUGAGAAUCCAGCUUUCAUCUAUUCACUUUUGCUAUUGAGUAUUUUUACUGGUUAACUUGACGUGUUAACCGCUGUGGCUGUUGAGAUUACCCAUAGCUGUAUGUUCUGCUUCCUGUUGGGGAAAAUGGCAACUUCCUGUGUCACACCACAGUUUCUGAUGGCACCUCUAUGUAUUCUAGUGCUAAUUCCUAUAAUGCAUUUAUGUACCAAGUUUGAAAGGUUCAAGUUAAGGUAUCAGGCAGAAUUGGUCAGGUUUAGGCAUAAAGUUAGAGUUGGUCAUGUUUAGGUAUGACGCUAUAGUCAGGUUUAAGUAUUAGGUUAGAGACUGUUUACUUUAGGUAACCUUUAGGUUUGCUCAGUCCAGUCAGAAGGGUCUUCUGGGGAAAGCAGUGCAUCAUGGGAAUAAUCCCCCCAGACAAGUCCAUCUCACCUUACAAGGUACUCUCCGAGGGAGACCGGUGUCUGACCGCCUGUCCGUCAUUAGCAGGGCAAGCGUUGGCAUGGCAUUAGUAUUCAGCGGAGAAACGAGGCCAAAGAGGGCCUGCAAGGACCUGACUGCAUUACAAAAAUCAGGGAGGCACAGUCCUUCCAUCCAUGGCUGAAACCACAACAGGUUGUUCUGGUUGGACUGAGGACGUCACGCACAGCCACCCUCAGCCGGGCCCGUGAAGACACCAAUCUGAGAUGUAGAUAUCAAAUUAUAAACAAGCUUUGUUCUCAAGGAGGUUAUUAUGUGGAUGAUGGAGGACGUGUCAUUUCGGUAUCUCAACCCUUGAUCUGAAUUAUUAAACUGCUGUAAAUAUUCAUCGUUGAAAUAUCAAGGUAGGUUGAGAUAUCCGUCACCGGAUCGGGAUCUACGGUAUUGUGAUGCCAAUGCGGUUGCUUGUCUUCCAUUGAGAAUCAUUCAUCAUUAUUCAGUUGCAUUGACCUUUAACAUGGUGGUUCUCUGUAUACAAGGGCUUUGGGACCACAUUAUCACCGCGGGCCUGAACCGUUGGAUACUUCAAAGUUUUGAUACAAAUGCUGUCAUUUGCCAUAUGUUCAUACAUUUCUAGCAACUCGCGAUGACCCUGCUCAAUAAAUGGCAUCAAUUCAUAAA